UGUAUAUAACCAUAGCGAUAAGUUUGAUCAAUAAAGGUAGAAAUAAAUGUCAACCCAUUCUUACUAAAUUCGCAGUGACAAUGCGUGUAACGUUUUGUACCGAUCUUGACAAGAGCGUCGUUGUCGCAAACUGCGAAAAACGAGGGUGGAUUCAAGUGGGUCCUGAAGAUGACUGGAACAUCUACUGGGCGGGGACCCAAACCUGUCGGAGUUUGUUUAGUGUGGACAGUGGAUAUCGAAUGCACGAUAACCAACUAAUCAACCACUUCCCGAACCACUACGAAAUCUCCCGAAAAGACCUACUAGUUAAAAACAUAAAGCGAUACAGACGCGACUUAGAAAAAGAGGGUAAUAUGCUGGCGGAAAGAGGCGACUCGAAGUACCUCCACUUGGACUUCAUCCCGGUGACUUUCGUACUACCUGCGGACUACAACAUGUUCGUCGAAGAGUACCGAAAAGCGCCUCAGAGCACCUGGAUCAUGAAACCGUGUGGUCGGUCCCAAGGUUCCGGGAUUUUCCUCAUUAACAAACUGUCGAAACUGAAGCGGUGGUCCCGCGAAUCCAAAGGUCCGUUCCAGCAGCAACUCACGCGUGAGAGUUACGUCAUUUCUAAAUACAUAGACAACCCGUUACUCAUCGGGGGGAAAAAGUUCGACUUGCGUUUGUAUGUUUUAGUGACGUCGUUUCGCCCCCUCAAAGCCUACCAGUUCCGGAUGGGUUUCUGCAGGUUUUGUACGGUUAAGUACGACUCAAGUGUGGCGGAGCUGGACAAUAUGUAUGUCCACUUGACGAAUGUGUCGGUGCAGAAACACGGGGGGGAGUACAAUUCGCUCCACGGGGGUAAACUAAGCGUCCAGAACUUGCGUUUGCACUUGGAGAGUACUAGAGGCAAGCAGGUGACGGAGAAGUUGUUCGACCAGAUCAGCUGGUUGAUUAUUCAUUCGUUGAAGGCGGUGGCGCCGGUGAUAGCGACGGAUCGGCACUGUUUUGAGUGCUACGGCUACGAUAUUAUCAUUGAUAAUAAGCUGAAGCCGUGGCUGAUCGAGGUGAACGCGUCGCCGAGUCUGACGUCCACCACCGCCAACGACAGGAUUCUGAAGCACAAACUCAUGGAUAAUAUUUUUUCGAUUAUUGUGCCGCCGUCGGGUAUGCCCGACGUGCGCUGGAACAAAAUCCCGAGCCAGGAGGCACUAGGAGACUUUCAGUUGUUGAUUGACGAAGACUUGAUUCACUUGCACGAGGGUGAAGGUAGCAACUACUUGAAACAGAAUCGGUGGAAGUGAAAGUCUGUAUAUGUGUUAAAUAAAUA